AAAAGAUCUUUUCCGGGAGAGGGACGCGAAAUCUCGCGAGACGUUGCUUCCAACUUCCUUCGUUCUUUUUGUCGCCGAUCGAGCAAGAUGCCUUCCAGACUGAGGAAGACAAGGAAACUAAGGGGGCACGUCAGUCAUGGCCAUGGCCGUAUUGGCAAACACAGAAAACAUCCAGGAGGCCGCGGAAAUGCUGGCGGUAUGCACCACCAUAGAAUUAACUUUGACAAAUACCACCCUGGUUAUUUUGGAAAGGUUGGUAUGAGACAUUACCACUUGAAAAAAAACCAGCACUUCUGCCCAACAGUGAAUCUGGAUAAGCUCUGGACGCUUGUUAGUGAGCAGACAAGGCUGAAUUAUGCUAAAAAUCCAGCAGGACUAGCUCCAGUUAUUGAUGUUGUACGCUCUGGGUAUUACAAAGUCCUGGGCAAAGGAAAGCUGCCCAAGCAGCCUGUCAUUGUGAAAGCAAAAUUCUUCAGCCGAAGAGCAGAAGAAAAAAUCAAGGAAGUUGGAGGAGCCUGUGUUCUAGUAGCAUAAAGUUUAUAUAUGUAUGCAAACUCGAGUCUCAGGCAUGAAUAAACUUUCAAAUGUUGGAAUGAUUUUUCAUCUGAAUAUUCUCUCAAUUAUAUUCAAUACUAAAAAGUUGAUUUUGAGAAGAAAUGUAGACCUGAAAGAUGACAUUUAGGCCACGAAUCCAAUUUCCAGAUUUGAGUUCUCAUUGAUGAACUAGGAAACCACCACCUCCCUAGUUAAUUGAUUCCACUAUCAAAAUUAUAAUUAGGACUUUUCCUAGUGCUUAGAGCAGAAUAUUCCAUGUUAAUUAUCUUGCAUGUGGGAUAAUAGAAAAUUGGCCAGUCAUUUAUAUAUAUUGUCCCUAGAACUUAAAUGUAUUUGCAUCACAAUCUU